UAAGAGGGUGGAACUGACAGGCGAGGUGAGGUUGUCAGGGAAAUGAAGAGUAAGCAAGAAGGGAGCACAGCUGACAGACAUGGUUGGAGUCAGAGUGGAGGAGGGAGCAGGCAGCAACUGAGGAGGAAACAGGCAGCAAGUGAGGAGGAAACCAGCCUCGUCCUCGGCCACUUUAUCUUUCCCAUCUAUAGACGGAAGCUGCUGGAUAAUUCAUAAGCCUCUUCCUGUGGCUGCGUGUGUGUCAGAGGGACGGCUCAUCAUCUACACCCAGCACCACCAUGCUCCGUCCUGCUGCUGCUGCUGCUGCUGUGCUGCUGCUGCUAGCAGUGCUGGGCCCCGGCCUGUCACUUUCAGCUGAUGACGGCUCAGACUUCAGCCGCUGCAGUCAGUGCUUCUACAAACAGACUCCACCUCAGAGCAGCUCUGCAGGAACGCUGCUGCGCCCACUCUGCCACAAACUGCCCACGGGGCAAAUGUUUGCCACUCUGUCCAAACCAACUUGUGACACAGCCGUUUACUGCGCCUUUCAUUCCGGGCAUGGGCAGAUGGAGGAGGAGGGGGGGCACCUGGAGCCAGAGGAAGUGGACGGUGUUAAAGUGGCGGCACCGUCUUUACUCAGAGGAGACGUUGGUUCAUCUGGUCCAGUCCUGCCCACUGACCCCGGUCUGCAGCACUGGGACUUGACCCUCACCAAUCUGUUUCAGUCCAGCAUCAGGCCACAGUGCAGCACAGUAGGGGGCGAUCUGUACAUCCUGACUGGUGUGGGAGGUCUACAGACCGGGGGAGAUGGAGAUGAGUGUCAGACUGAGCCCCUGUGGUCUGCAUUCUGCUGUGCCGCUCCAGAGGGCAGUAGUGGCUUCAGUGGGGGUCUGAUCAGAGAGACAGGAGCCGAGGACAGACAGGUGAGCACCAGGGAGCUGCAGGAGCUGCUGGGAGUGGGCGAGAUGUUCUCUGAAGGCUGUGGAGGAGCAGAUGCGGAGGCUUUUGGAGCGCUCACCAGUUCAUUCAACCAGGAGAGUACUGAACCUGCAGGACACAGAGAAACAGACGGUCCAGAACCAGUCCAAGAAAACCAGGCCCAUGAAGAGUCAGCGGAGGCAGAGGGAGCAGCGAGAAGCCGUGAAGAACGGCCUGAUGUCGCUCAGUCCACUCCUGAGUCAGAGUCUCCUGUGUCUUCGUCAGUGGAGGAACAGGAAACGGAUGAAAAUGCCACCAGUACCCUGGUGUACAUUCUGUCCACGACCAUGUCCAUCCUCAAGGCCCCGCUCCAGCCUGUGGUCUCCACAGUCACACACCUCCCUGGACAGGUGAAUUAUGUUCUUCAGGAAGACCUGGGGGUUCUCUCUGCUCUGCCCGGUCACACCUUCUCUCUGCUCCACCUCUUGGCCUCUGACCUCUGCUCGUGGAUUGGCUCAGCUGCAGAUCUGCUGCUGGGUGUUGGAGAAACCGGCUUUUCCAACGUUUACUACUGCACCUCGUCCAUGCUGGGGGCUCUUUUCAGCAGUUGUUACACGGGGGUGACCGGCCUGGGGACCCUAGCCGGUGACACAGUGGGGGUAUUUGGUGAGGCAUUAGAUAAUGGCUGGUGGGUGACCAAGUUCUUUGGAGGACGACUGUGGGACAACAGUGAGGGUUACGUCGUGAGUGUGGCUUCAGAGCUGGGGGGUCAAACUAAAGCUGUAGGUGGGGGGUUGUGGAAGUUGGUGUGGAGGUGUGGGAGUGGAGUUUGUAAUGUCUUCCAUCUUGGUGGGGGCAUUAUAUUUGGAAUCCUAGAUUUGCUCAUUGGCACAGUGAGUGAGGCGUUUGGACAGGAGUCGAGCAGCGAAGAAGGACUAGAGUCUGUACUGAAGAGUUAGGAUGAGGUCACGAGUGAGAAAUAUAUUCUUCAGGUUUGUUUUGUAACAAAACAAUGAUGCGUUAACGGUUUGGUGUCAUUUUAUGAAUUCACUUUGAUAAAAUGACUGACACGUGUCCAAUUUAACCUCAUUUUUCAGUUGAUCAUAAUGCACAAUGUUUGUUUUCAUCUCUUGAUCACUCUAACACCCUCUAGUGGCACAAAUGCGGCUCUUCAACAACAAGGCUUUGAACCAACAACCCUGUAACCAGUGAACAAUAAUCUACAGCACAGCCUUUCCAACUACUAUACUAUGAUGAUGUUACUUAACCCAACAGCUAAAAGCUUAUUAUAAAAAAUACUGUAUUUUAGAGCUUGUAGUACUGUAGUAAAUCACACUGAGCUUCUGGAAAAACAUGUUUUGUCUUGUAAUUCCUGUGUACAUUUGAAUAAAGAGGUUGAUG